CCAGACAACCCGACCCACCACCCAUUGAAUUAACACAAUAAAGGAACAUCACUUCAAGUGGUCCAUUUCUGCAAUAUUUCAGCCCACUAACUCCACUUUUAUCAUACUAACACACUUGCAGUUUCUCUCAAACCAACAAACAAAUUUGGAAAUUGAGGGAAAUUAUGUGAUGAAUCCUUCUUCUUCCUCCUCAGAUUCUAUAACAAAUUGCUACAUUUCAAUCCCAAAAGCAGCCACCUUAAUCUUAAUCUUUCUUUUUGUAAUUGGGUUUGCAGUUUCUCUUUUUAUCUUUAUUGAAGUUCAUAAUGCCAUUUUCUUCAUUUCUUCCAUUUUACUGUCCGCCAUUGUUGCUUCUUUUCUCUUAUGGAAUGUUCUCUGCUUCCACCGUAAUACUUCCCUUUUACUCUUCCUUCGUUCAUUUCCUGUAACUGACCUUCGAAUUGCUCGUCCGGGUCAACUCGUCAAGAUUACUGGGCCAGUCUCCUGUGGCGAUGUUUCUCUAGAAUCAUCUUAUGAAAAGGUUCCGAGUUGUGUCUAUACAUCUACUCUUUUAUAUGAAUAUGAAGGAUUCGGAUUGAAGGCAUUCAACGUUCAGAAACCUUGCUUGUUUUGGAGAUUGGCAUACACCGAGAGAUUCUCUACAGACUUCUACAUAUCUGAUAAACACUCAGGCAUUCGAACUUUAGUGAAAGCUGGCUGUGGACGUAGACUUAUUCCCCUUAUCGUUGAGAGCAGUCUUGUGUAUACCAAGAGUAACAGGAUAUUGUCUCCCAACUUAACAAAUUGGUUGGCAGACCGAAACCUUCCCACCAAUUCUCGAGUGAUCCGCCUUGAAGAAGGGUAUAUAAAAGAAGGUGAUUCUGCAACAGUAAUAGGGAUGCUGCAGAAAGGUGGUGAUGACAUUGUAAUGGUUGUACAACCACCGGAGCUAAUCUCCACCGGUUGUCUAUGGCAAAGACUUCUACUUCCUGUUGAUUUUGACGGUCUAUUACUCGCCCUCGGCCUUUCCUAAUGUAUCGGAUUCUUCUUGUUCAGUAAUUACAACAUCCUUGAGGCUCCGGUGUUCAUGGUGAAUGCAUAUUGUGUGAAUUGUGAUUGAAAUGCUCUCAAUUCCUUUUUGUUUCUUGCUAUGCACCAAUUUUUGUGAGAGCGAGCUUUAUUGACCGAAUGUUGCAAGUAUAAAAAAACAUAAGGAAUAUGUACCUAAUUGUAGUUGCAGUUUGAAAUUUUUUUGUCAUUUGUCUCACUCGAGAGUAAGGAUGGUACGGAUGAAUGGUUAAAAAAUGAAUCUUAACAUAAUGUUGACCUUA